AGGCCCCAGGAGCUGUCCCCGGCGUCCCUGCGGCAGCAGCGGCUCGGCAGGGGCAGGGCGCGGCGCGCCGAGGUCCCGCACCACGAGCGCCAGGCCUGGCUCGAGAUCCAGCGCGCGUUCGACGUCCUUGCCAACCCCAGGCGGCGGGAGCCCUACGACCGGCGGCUUGCCGCAGAGCAGGCCGCCGCCGCGCCGCCGCCGGCGCUGCUCGCCGCGGGCAGCGCCGCCGGAGGCCGCGUGGAGGAGCAGGAGGGGGCCGAGGCGGCCGAACCCGAGCCGCCGAACCUCGGGAGGCUCUCCGGGGACGCCUUCUUCGCCGCGGCUGCAGGC